UACAUGGUACAGAGAAGCUUGUGAGAGAAGCAGAGCAGCGUCCUCCACCUAUAAAUACUACCUUUUCCCUGACCCCUCAAUUAUCUCUCUUUCCGUUUUUUCCCGCGAUACCUUGCUGCUUCGAAUCCCUCAUUCCCCCAAGUCGGGCCGAAAGGGUCUUUUGGCCCCCCGAAUUAACUAAAGCCCUAACGUUCUAUCGGAGAAAUGGUGGAAGAAGCGAAGACGGAAGACGGGAAGGAUGAUAGGACUCUGGAAGUUUCUCUGCCGUUGUGUAUUCCAGAUUCAGAUAGCAGCUGCGAUACGACACCUGGCGCUAUUCCUGGGAGAACGAAUGGUCCUACUAGGAGAUCAACAAAGGGAGGCUGGACAGACAAGGAGGAUGAUAUGUUGGUUAAAGCUGUAAAACAAUUCAAUGGGAAAAAUUGGAAGAGAAUAGCGGAACUUUUUCCUGGCAGGUCAGAUGUUCAGUGCCUGCAUCGCUGGCAGAAGGUUCUCAAUCCUGAGCUAGUUAAAGGAACUUGGACCAAAGAGGAAGAUGACCGUAUAGUUAAGUUAGUUGCCAAGCAUGGUUCUAAGAAGUGGUCUGACAUUGCAAAGUCUUUACCAGGCCGCAUAGGCAAGCAAUGUCGUGAGAGGUGGCACAACCACUUGAACCCUGCAAUAAAGAAAGAUGCAUGGACACCAGAGGAAGAAGUGACUUUAAUACAUGCCCACCAAAAAUAUGGAAACAAAUGGGCUGAAAUAGCCAAGUUUUUACCCGGAAGGGCAAGUAACUCAAUAAAGAAUCAUUGGAACUGCUCCUUAAAGAAGAAGUUGGGCUCAUAUUUGGCAUCAGAUAUUCCUACUCAGCCAUUUGGAAAUCCAGCUAUUAAAUUGAACAAUCUCCAAGAAAAAGUGGGAUGCCUUAAACCACAUUCUGUGAAACUAGUUACACCUGAUCUGAAACCAAGUGUAGAUAAUCAUUUCAUGGCUUCCUCAGUGGGUUUGGAUUUUCAAAAUACUAGUAUAGGAAGGAGUGAUUUGAGUAUGGACCAUUCUCUUAUUGGAAAUUCUAAAUGUCUUAAUGUGGACUAUCAACAUACUUCAACAGAUGAUUCUGAAUGCUCAAAGUUAGAGGUGAAAAUGAGUCCAACAAGUGACCCUAAAUGCAGAAAAUCAGAGGCAGAUUUUGCUGCAAAUCCUUCUGAUUGCCAGGAAGAUAGAAUUCCAUGUUCAAGUGGCCGAACUAAUUUGUCAUGCAGCACUGAGUUCUCAUGUCAUUUGACCAACUUGUUGCAUGGAGAUGAUUACUGUCAUGCUAAUAUGUCAGAUGAUUUGCAUGGUACUCCUACAAUUCAAUCUAAGGCACAACCUUCUGUUUUUUAUGAGCUUUGUUCACAUGUUCCACCAAAAGAGUCCUCAAAUAAAAGAAGACCUCCAAAAAUCUCAGAGGAACAUGCUUUUGACAAAAGCAACCUGACCAUCAAAAAUAUGGAUCUAAAUUAUGAGACUGAUAUUUUAAAUGGGCAAACUUUUCGGGAAAGUAAAAAUGACAUGGUUGAUGAUCACAACCAAGUCACUGGCACACCUCUAAGUUGUAACAGUGGAAAUUUUGGCUCAUUACCAUAUCCCACUAUGCAGUUUACUCAUGAAGGAAGUUCUCUUUCUGGUGAAAGAAAAUCUAAAUUGGAGAAUUACAUCCGACAGACUCAAAACCCAGUUCAUUAUUGUACACUGCCAAACAUUUCAUCAAAUCAUACUUACAGUCCAAGGGAUCCAAUAUCUUAUUUAAGGGCUGAAGCAAAGAGCUUCAAAAAUACUCCAUCAAUAUUUAGAAGGCGCAGGCUUGUUGAUCUCAGCAUAACUGAUAUUGUGAAUAUCGUACGGUUUUCUCAGUCCUCUCAUGACUGUCAGAAACCAGAUAUCUCUGAUGCUACCAAAUCUGUAGAGAGAAAGCUAGAAGAGGAUUUUGAUAUGGAGUUCAGGUCUUGUUUUUCAGAUGGUUAUUUCCUCUCCAUUAACUGAGUAGAACUGGUUUCACUCAGAAGAAAGCCAUGAGUUUUUUAGGCCCCAUAAUCAGUUUCAAGCAGUCUUGUGCUGUGUUACUGAUGCUAAGCUGCAAUCUCCACUGUUCUCUCCUGUAACUUACGGGAAUAUGAAGUUAUGGCAAUAUUUGAUGCACAUUUGGUCUUUCCUGUACAUGGGUGAUUGAGAAGUUUGAUGAAGGUAUAAGUAGGGAGCGCAAGAUUUUCUAAUCUUACAUUCUUUCUUUCUGUAGCUAAAAUUUUCACGUAUUUAAUUUGUUUUUCUUCUAUGGAGGUUUUUGUCUCAAA